GAAUGCAGAGUGCAGGCUUCUCCAAUGCAAGCUACCAGAUUAGGAAUGAUUCCUUGUCUCAUUUCUCCAGUGUGACCACUGCCACCCCAGCCAAGAGAAUCACUUUCUACAAGAGUGGAGACACCCAGUUCAAUGGUAUCACGAUGCCCAUUAAUAAGCGAAGUUUCAAAUGCUUUGAUGCCUUGCUGGAUGACCUUUCUCAGAAAAUGCCUUUGCCAUUUGGUGUGCGGACGAUAACUACACCAAGAGGAGCUCACGCUAUUCAGAGUCUGGAGCAGUUACAGGAUGGGGCCUGCUACCUGUGCUCUGAUCGCCACUACGUUAAGCCAAUCGAUAUGGAGGCUGCAGGGAAACGACCUGCUGUCUGGCAUCACAAUUAUCCACUUAACACCCCAAGAAAGCCUUCCCGACCUGAAGAGCCACCUGCAAGAUAUUCUGGCCAUCACUACCAUCGACAACCAAAGAGGAUUGUGCUGGUAAAAAACUAUGAUCCUGCAGUGAGAAGGUCCAUUGUUUUGAGCAGAAAGAGGGCUCGAAGCCUUCGUGCCUUUAUGGAUGAGGUUUCAGAACUCAUGCAGUGCAAUGUCAGGAAGCUCUACACCUUGGAAGGACGAAAGAUUGAUAGUAUGCAGAGCCUGAUGCAAUGUCCCAGUGUGCUAGUGUGUGUGGGCCGAGAACCCUUCAAGCCCCUACUUCUGGAGAAUCUGAGAAAGAACUCAGAGGAGAAGUUGCCUGGGAUAGGUGCAAGGUCACACUCCAGCAUCUUCAGUGAGGGCCAUGAUGGCAAGAAAAAUGUGAACUUUGGACUUGAGACCAAGAAAAGUAUCAUCCAUCCAAGGUCAGAUUCAAGUAACAAAUCUACAAGGUUCUCCCUAUCAUCAGAAAAAUCUUACCCAAAUGGAUCAGGCAUGACACCAAGGCAACUGGGUUGUGUUACAAAGGAAGUUUUAAUGAAUGAUGACGUUGAAAAAAGGGUUUUCGUCAACAAAGAUGGCAGUCUGUCUGUAGAAAUGAAAGUUCGGUUCCGCCUAGUCAAUGAUGAAACUCUUCAGUGGUCCACUGAAAUCAAGAAGUUGCCAACAUCUACAAAUGAAUGUAGUUCUCUAGAGGAGGGAGACCCUCAUUGUUUUCAAGGGAAAGUUGUAUACUCUGAACCGGAGUCCAACACUGAAUGUGAGGCUGAAGAGGCCUGUUCACCAAAAUGUCAUCAAGUGGACUUUAUAGGAUCCCACUGUCACAAUUGCCGCAACCAUAGUCAAGGGUAUGACAUUUGGAAAAACCCCUUACACAAGGAUGAUGGAACCAGUGGAACCAGGAGUUCCUCUAAUUCUGCGGGAUCAUCCGACAAAAUUAUGCACCAAAAAGCAUCUGUGGACAGUGUGUAUACAGUUUCCAGGUCGAGUGAGGAAUAUACUGAACAUGUUGUAAAGAAGGCAUCUUGCUUCCACCAGACUAUUGAGGAGGGGGACACAAGGAUUGAAUAUUGCUCAAUAAGUCGUUGUUGCAGUCGGAAUGAGGUGUCAACCAGCACCACAAAGUGUAAUAUACCCAGUGACACAUCUGAGAGUAAUACUGGGAAAAUAUAUCACCAUAAUGAUAAUAGAAAAACAGAUUGUGUGGAAUUGGAUCAUUUGAGCAAAGUCACAAAAGCAGCAGAUUUGAUUUCUGCUAUCAGCAAUUCAUCCAUCAUCCAGUCAUUCAAAAAUGAUGAGGGUGAUGAUUAUGAAGACCUUUCCCCAAGAAUUGCAAGAGCAUCUCAAUGGUGUUCUGAACAGGAUAAACAGUUUACAUGUGUACACUGCAAUGGCAGUCAACGGUUGCACAAUUUACAAUCAUCCUCCAUACCACCUAAAGUCUCAAGCUGCUCUGCAGAUGCAGUAAAAUCCAAAAUGUACAAGAGCAUGUAUGCAGCACCAGAAGUGCCCCAGGAGGGUCAUGCAGACACUGAUAGUAGGGACAGUGCCAGAUCUUCAGUUUCAAAUGUGUCCUCAAGGUCUCAAUGCUGCUGCUGCAGCCAAUGCAUAGAAGCAAUAACAGGCUUGAUGGAAUCUGAUAUGAAGAAUGGUUUAAAAGAAGAGGUUCUGAAUUCAAUGUCUGAUGACAGCAAAGUGUCUAAUAAAUCUCAAGCAAGAGCAAAUUCACCAAGAAGAGCGAUAUCAGAUGGUGGUGCUCAGAAAGCAUGCAAGGAGGAAACAAAGAGUGGGAAUAAAUCUAUAACUGCCAUGUCGACAAACACAUGUUUCUCAGUGAUGUCCACAGUAUGCCCUUGUUGUGGUGGCUGUGGAAGAUUAUCAACACUACCAGCAAAUAUUCAGGAUAUGCCAGUCCAGGUAGCUGAGGAAGAUAGUGAAGUUAAGUCACUUCACGAGAGAUCAUCUAAGGCACGUGGGUCUGAGAGAUCUAACAAAUGCACACAUUGUGAACCACAAAGAGAUUAUGCUAUUUCAAACAUACUUGAGAAUACUGAACCUGUUCAAAAUAAUAUAGCUGAGGAAGAGGUCAGGCAUGCCAGCUCCCAAAGUGCAUUGUUUGAUUUAUCAAAUAAUUCUGCCGCUUCAAAACAAUCCAAUAAUUCAAACCAGCAUGCAUGUGGGAGAUCAUCUAUUGCAGAAAUGAUUUCUGAAAAUGCUGGAGUGGAGGAUGUAGAAGGAAGGACCCAAAGUGCCAGGUCAAUUAAAUCAAUUAGAACAGAAAAGUCAAACAGUGACAUACCAGAUGUAGUAACAAUAUCUGGACUAAAGAAUCAAAUUGAUGAGGAAAUUGGGGUUUUGUAUAUGGCCAAGGAAAAUAUACCAGAAAUAGAGAAUGUAAUGCAAGCUUCUGAUAUGGACACUAAAGAAAGAGUCCCUAGCUCAAUGUCAAUUAAAACACACUCUUCUAAAGAUUCUGACAAGUCCCACAAAUCAAACAACAUUCAAGACACUGCAACUGCCUCACCAGCAGUUUCUACAAGCCGUAUUACAGACACACCUCAUGAAAAAAUACAUUCACAUAGGUCAACAACUGAACUGUCCAAGAGUGCCAAAGUUUCUGUGAAAUCAAAUGCAUGCUCAGAGAGAGAUUUAGAGUCAUUGUUGAAUCCCAAUGAUAUGACUGCAGGGCAAGACACUAGACAAACAACAGAUGAUGCAAAGUGUAAUGCACAGAAAUCCUUACUAGUGACCUCUCCAUCACCAAAGUCACCAAUUACGAUCGGAAAUAAUAAUCAGGCAUUAAGUGUAAAAUCUGGUCAUUCUAAAGCAUCUUCAAAAUCAACAAGAUCUAACAAACGCCACUACACUUCAAGCAGAUGUGUUCAAAGAGUGGCAAAUAGUCCCUCAGGAAAAUGCAAAUGUACAAUGUCUCCCACUCCAGCCUCGCAUUUCCUGCUAGAUGAACCAUUAAGUCCAACAUCAACAGCUUCUGUUUCUCUUGGACUUUGUGCAGAAGAGAGGUCUGAGGACCUCAAUGAACGAUCCAUGAGCAACAUAUCACAAAUCUUUGAUGAACCUAGAUGUUUGUCAGAGAAAUAUUCCCCUGAACCCUCUGCACUAGAUCAUGCUGUUCACAACUCAGUAAUAACAGAAACAAAAGAGAGGGUCAAAACAACUGUGUCUAUAAGUUCUUCAGUUUGGGAUAAGUCAAAAUUGUCUAAUGAUAUGCAAGAUUCAUGCAAGAAUCCUGAAGAUAUCUUUGGAACUGAAUCUGAAUGUAUCAUAUCAGCCAAAUCAAAGACAGAAAGCAAGGUAGUGGCCAAGCUUUUACAGAAUGAUUGUGAUCAUAGAGUUCCAUCUGCAUUGUCAGUGUCAUCAGAGAAAUCACAGCAGAACUCACUCAGUAAAAACACUGCAACCAUAAAAAUGUAUACACAUGGUACUCAAGCAAUCAAUACAAAUACAAAUAAGGGUGAGACAAACAAAGCUUUAACCAUAUCUGGAAGUUCUUCAAAAUCCAGUCAAAAUAAAAUAACCUCGGGCAAGGCUUACACCCACGGAGCUGCUACAUCGGAUCAAUGUACUACACAGAGCAAGGAAAGAUCCUUCUCAAACCUUGAACCAAAAGAAGCCAGGAAAACUGAUUCUAACAAUGCUGAAAGUGUUAUUUCUUUAAAAACAUCCAAAUCAGACAAGAAACCUCCAGCCAGGAAUAAAUAUGUCACUAAGUCUGAAUUGUCAGAAAACUGCACCACUCCAGAUUCUAAAGGUGAUAGUGUUUUGCCUCACAGUCCAGAUCUAUUAAGGGAAAAUGAUAUCGAUGCAAAACCAGACAGUAGAGGAUCAAGAUCAAACACAUCAGACAAAAACUGUGUCCUUGAAGGGAUGCAGCAUAUUGACAGUAACUGUAAAAUAACCAGCUUUAAACAAAAGAAAAUUAGCAGCACAUCACAGGAAAGAACUGAGGAUCAUUCUAAGGAAGCACUGAUGCCAUCUUGUUUACCUAAUGCAUCUCCUACAGAUGUUGUAAAGGACUGGCUUAAAAAUAUACCAAUUGAUGGUCCUAUGUAUGAAAUGGAGGAAGAAUUCAGUGAGCAACAUGAUGAAACUCUCCUUCAAAUACCUGCUGUGAAAGAAGAAGGAUAUUUUCCAAAUGAAAUUGAAGAACAGUCUGAAAAGUCAAUGACAAUGAAAGAAUCUCAAGAAGUAUGUGGGUCUGAAGGUGCAGAUCCUGUUACAGAAGAUAAAAAUACCAUCUGUGAUGUAACACUAGCAUGUAAUGAGACAUUUCAAACAAUUGCAGCCAACAGUGAUUGCAAUCAUCUCAGCCCAAAAUUAACUAAGAGAGAGGGUUUAACAAAUAAUUGUCAGUCCUCGAUCCAGGUCAUGAAGGUCCUCUUAAGCCCCAAAUUGGACAGAUGCAAUAGUUUGCCUGAAGUUUCACCAACAUAUGGGAGAAAAUUAAGCACAUCAGCCAAAGGACUACUAGACUGCCUUGCUAAUUUACAAGUGAUUGACCCAGAUCCAAAGAUAUAUGACAAAUAUAGUGAAAUUAUAAGCACUCUCCAGUCACUAUGGAUUAACAGGCCCUCUGAAACUGUGCAAGAUAAGCAUGAAAUAAAAGUUCAUUCAGCAGAGGAUGAAUUUAACCCGAGGUCGUCCUCAGGGGUAGAUGUAAGCAGUGGUUCCAUAGGGUCUGGUAAAGGAAGCAUCAGUGGUGGGCUUGAAAAAUCAGAAGCAACACAAGGCAGAACAACAUUAAUUGCUGAACAGAAGUCCUUCCCACAGAUUCAAGGAGAUGCACCUACUGGGGGUGGAUGUGACUCUUUAUCUGCUACACCAGAAAACAUACAUACUUCACCUGUCUCUUCAGAUCCUGUAACUCCAGACAUUGCUGAGAGGGUCCGAUGCAGUCCCGAACAUGAAAAACUAAAGAAGGAAGCACAAAAAGAUGAAGGCCUUAAAGCCACAGACGGUGUCCUUCAGGCUAAUGAACAUAUAAAAGAUCUUAAGGAAAUAGCUUCAACAUUCUCCAUGAGGACCUCUGAGAAUAAUGGAGAUGUUAAAUCAGUGUCUGAUAAAGAACAAAAUCAACCAGAAAAUAUCAACUCAAGAACACUACCAUCAGAUCAGAAAGGUCAGUUAACUAAGAGAAUUUCACAAGACCCAGAUCCAGUCUGGGUUUUGAGCUUGUUAAAGAAACUGGAAACACAAUUUAUGUCUCACUAUGCAAAUGCAAUAGCAGAGUUCAAAGUACGGUGGGAUUUAGAUGACAACGAGACACUUGAUAUAAUGAUCAGUGAACUUAAAGAAGAGGUUCAUAAACGGAUUCAGUCUACUAUAAAACGAGAGCUCCAAAAAAUCCAAAGUCGAGCUGGUAGAACACCAAGACCACCAAUAAGCAUGCUUUCUAGAGAUUCUACAGUCCAAACUGAGCAACGGCGAAGACGUCUUAAAGGUAUGCAGAAUAAACUUUAUAACCUUUCAAGAAGUGAAGACAUAAACACUGCUUCAGGUACUGAAUUCAGUGACCAGCGCAGUGAAGAUGAAUAUUGUCCAUGUGACACAUGUGUGAAAAAGAAGAUGGCAUCAAGAGUUGUCCAGUGUACUAAAGCUUUGAACGUGGCUCCAGUUCUUAAGGAUUUUGAUCUUAGGCAAAUCUUGCAAGCAAAGAAGGAUCCCCAUGUUGCUAUGCCAGUACAGUUCAAACUGAAUGAACAAAAAGAUCAGAUUAAGGGUACUGAUAGUAGCCUUGACCAAGAUAAAAAUAAUUUAGAAGUGGUUAAUGAGGAGGCCAAAGUACAUGUUAUAAAAAGCCAAAUAGGCGAAGAUGAUAUUCUUAUGGAGGAGGAGACUAAGGAUGAAAUCAUAACAGAGCAUGGGAUUCAGGCCUGUGACAAUGAAGAUAAAGAUGUAGGGAUAAUAAAUAAUGGAGGAUGGAGAAAACUGAAGGAAGGACCAUCUGAUGAUGAAGAUGAUGGGCAGCCAGCAGAAGAGAAAAUGUUUGAUAAUAACACUGAUGGAGCAGAUGAUGACGGAAGCAAACCAGAGAGGGAAAGACAUGAAGUGACAGAGGAUUUGGAGUACAAGAGCACAGGUAACAAGGACACUGAAGUAAUGAAUAGAGAAGAUGAAGAGGCAGAAGAGGCAACAGUGGGAGAUACAACAGCAGAUGAAGAGGUAGCAAUGGAAAAAGAUCCAGCUGAUGAAGUAGAUGCAGAAAGAAAAGAAACAGAAAGCAGUGAAAUUGAAGAGGGAGAAGGGAAUCCAGUGGAGGAAAAGGAAUCAAAUGAUGAAAGAGCUGAAGAGGCGGUGUCUGAAGGGGAAACAAAUAAAGAGAGUGGAACUGGGGAUGCUGAAGAGGAAAGAGACGAGACUGAAGAGAAUGCAGAGAUACCAGAAGAAGGUGAGGAAACAGAAAAUAGAACAGGAGAAGAAACACAAUCAGCCAAAGAAGGCAAGACAUCCAGCGAUGAAUCAGGAGAAGCUGAGAAUAGUAAUGCGACAAGUGAUGAGCGAACACAUGAUGAUGUGCCUGCUGCUGCAGCUGACGCUGAGCCUAGAAAAAAUGAAAUAGGUGAAAUCAUAGAAAGUGAGAAAACAGAGGAAGAUGGUACCACAAGAAAGAGUAAAGCUAAUAUGUCCACUGAAAAUAGUGCAGAUGAAAAUCAAAGUGAAUCUCCUGAGGCAGAAAAUGAGGUUGAAAAGGAAUCACAUGAGAGCAAAGAUAGGAUAUAUAUUCAGAAGCCAAGCAAAAAGAAAGAUGGUAAAUAUGUAGCAGGACAGCUGGUCUCUGAGGAGGAUGAUGGUGACCAGGCAGACAUGGAUGAUUGUGGAACUGAUGAAAAGAGUCAAACUGACAUGAGAGCAGAGAGUAUUGAGAACCAAGCAGAGGAUCCUGAUCUUCCAAGUCCAAUCUGUGGUGACGAUUCUGACUGUAAACUUAUUAGCCAGAUAACAAAAACAUCAAUUGAAUCCCAAACAGGAUCACUGGAAUACUCCAAAGAUAUGACAGUGAAAGAAAAGCUAAGGGACAUUGUGAGUUUUAUGGAAAGUUUGAAUGAUCAAGAUUCAUAGUUAUUUAUGAAAUGUUUGAAUAAAUUAUGAGGACACCAAUGUGUUUCACCUAAGGGAAUAAAACAGUAAGGGUCACUAAACAAAGAAUGUUCAGAGAAAUCCAAGUUAAAGUGGAUGAACUGGAGUUUUAAUCUAUCACCUGACUUUAAUUUAUGCACUUUAUUUUUUCAAUGAUAUUUCUGCAUUGAGACAAUUGAUUGAGAUAUUGGUUUCUGAAAUGAAGUCAGAAUACCUUAAAAUGAAAAUAAUUGCUAAAACACAUAUUGUAUAUCCUUCUAUUCGAAUACAUUUGAAUUCCAAUACUUACAGCAUGUAGUAAGAAGUUAUUAAAACUGAAACAGUUUAAAGGAUUUUUUAAUGAAUGA